GCGCGUGCCACCGCCCCGAGCUACAGCGGCUACGGGUCCUUGUUUUUCCCCAUGGAUUGGGCACCGAGACCUGUGAAAGGCAGCGGGCGAAAGCGACGCGCCCCGCGUCCACCACCCACCCGAAGCCAAAAGCCACGCUCUCGGCUCUCGCCACCGCCGCUUCCUCCGCGGCCACCCGCCCCUUUCCCUUCCCUCCCCUGCACGGCCGUGUCCGCCGUCACCACCGGCCCCCGUCGCCACCGCUGUCAGCUCGGCGGAGCGGCCGUCCUCCUCGAAUUCGCGCGUCACCUCGCUGCUUCCCCUUCUCCGCGGCCAUCCCGCUGCUGCUGCCGUCUGCCCACGCAGUUUGGUCUCUAGUGCUUGGAGCCUUCUCGGUUGCACCAAAUUUGGCCUUUUUAGGCGGGGAGCGCCGAUCUUUUCAGCUACAGAUUUGUUUCCUUGCAGUGUUUGUGCUACAGAUUUGCUGCAUCUGGGGCUCGGACGAUUACCGCUGAGCCAUCCUCCCCGAUCCGAUCAGAUGAGCUGUGGGUGUCUCCUCCACCCAAUCCGAAAUUGCAGGAGAUGGUUGUAACAGUAGCUUCGUCCCAAUCUCCUUCCACGCCGCUAUCCGCUUUCCCGUAUCCUUUGCCCAGCCUCCGCGGCUUCAUCAGGGAUGCGCCGCCAUACAACACUCAGUCCCCACCGCAGGUGCAGACGGCUAGUGUCGGCGGCGGCGGCAACGGGAAGAUCAGCCCUGCGGUGCUGUUCAUCAUAGUGAUUCUUGCGGUCAUCUUCUUCAUCUCCGGGCUGCUCCACCUCCUCGUGAGGCUGCUGAUAAAGAAGCAGCACGGCCGUGGUGCCGCCACGGGGGAGUCUGUUGCGUCGCCGCACCGGACAGGCGCGCGGGACGCGGCGAUGGACCGGCAGCUGCAGCAGCUGUUCCAUCUGCACGACUCGGGGCUCGAUCAGGCCUUCAUUGAUGCGCUGCCCGUGUUCGCGUACCGCGAAAUCAUUGGUGGCAACAAGGAGCCGUUCGACUGUGCAGUGUGUUUGUGCGAGUUUGAUGGGGAGGACAGGCUCAGGCUAUUGCCGGUGUGCGGACACGCCUUCCACCUGCAGUGCAUAGAUACAUGGCUACUGUCCAAUUCAACAUGCCCGCUUUGCCGUGGUACACUCUUUAUUCCUGGGAUGACGAUAGAGAACCUGUUGUUUGAUUUUGACGAGAGGUUGGAGGAGGAGCCUCUACCUGAGGAGUGUGAGGAUGGAUCGCAAGUUUCCAGGCAGAAAUCCAUUGAUGAGGAGCAGCUAGUGACCGAGAAGAGGGUCUAUCCGGUAAGGCUUGGGAAGUUCAAGAAUGUUGGAAACCAGGGUGCGGUCGACGGUGUUGGCAAUGUCAAUGCAGCCGGUAUAGUGAGCAAGGAGCCUGGGGAAAGUAGCAGUUGCAGCUUGGAUGCAAGGAGAUGUUUCUCUAUGGGCACUUACCAAUAUGUUCUUGGGGCUUCUGAACUUCGAGUAGCUCUCCAGCCAGGUCGCAGCAGAAAUGGUGCAAGCAGCAGAUUUAAAGGAAGAGGUUCUGCUGGCUUAAGUUCUGCAAAUGCUGACAUUAUGGAGGGCAAGAGGAUUUGUGCGAGGAGCAAAGGCGAGAGCUUCUCUGUGUCGAAGAUUUGGCAGUGGUCUAGUGUGAAGGGCAAGCUGCCAGCUCCUCCAGACACUUGCUCAGAUACUGGGACCCUACCAUGGAUGAAAAGAAAUGCUGCUGGAGAUAAGUUAAAUAUGUGACUCUGUCUAUAGUCCUAUGGUUUUUUUCCCGCCUGAUGUUAGCUGCUAAAUUGUUUAGCUCUAGCUAUUUCAUCUGAUUUAGGGUGUCUCAGCGCUCAUCAAAACGAUCAUUCUCAUCAAGGGAUAAUUUUUGACAGGCUUGCUAUAUUGCACAUAAUUGUUUGUGAUUGUCCACAAUGGUGUGUCUGUGUUAUCAUGUUGUUGGUAUUCCAAAAAUUCCAUUCAGAAGGCUAAACAUAUCACCAUAUAUGAACUAUCAAUUUAUACUC